CUUUAGACAGCGUUAAGUGUUAACAAACACUUGAAUACAACAUUCAUCCGCUCUCUUGGCACUCCGUGUAACACUCAGACGAUUCUUGGGUGUUUUGUUUUAUCCAGAAAAUUACUUUAGUGACUUUAUUUGGGUAGUUUAGUGAAGCUAGUUCCGCCUUGCUAGUUAUCCCAACGGCCUAUGAAAGGAGGCUAGGACACGGGUCUUGGGAUAUGGUGGUAUAGCGCAUGUGCAGUGUAACUCAAGCUGCGGUCCUGUGUUUUGAUUGGCUGAGUGCAGACCAGAUUCUACUGCGCAUGUGUGGUACCCCUAAUAUAUGACGUAUUGAUGACGCGUGUCCUAGCCUCCUUCUAUAGGCCUUGGUUCUCCCUGUGAUGGACAGCAGCGACAAGUGUCAGAAGUAAUCAGGGACAACUACAGACAACUACAGACGGGGACAAAACACGUCUCCUGUCUUCUGGAUACACUUCCUCACAAGUUAACCGGUUACUUUGAAAAGGGGUGCCAUUUUACUGCUAAGUUUUCCCGCUUGGAACGAGAAGUCGCAGCCAAAACUGCACGGACAGCGUUUCCGGGGAAGAUCUUAUCAACCGAUCGAUGAUCUUCAGUAGAAGAGCUGCUGACUGCUGAGUUCUGGACACUGUGAUGGAAAAUCCUGACGAUGAGGUCGACCUGCAACACAGCACAACAGGGGGCGAAGAAGGAAACUCUGGUGGUGGAUCACCUCCAACCAAACGCAAAGGCAAGUUCUCCAAAAUGGGAAGGAUCUUCAAGCCCUGGAAAUGGAGAAAGAAGAAGCCAAGUGAGAAGUUCACUGAAACAUCGAUAGCCUUGGAAAGAAGGAUUUCUGUUAGAAAAAGUCGUCAAGAGCUGGUUGCCAGAGGGGUUUUAAAGGAUAUCUCAGAGAACGAGAGCAAUGAUGUUAACCACUCCAAAGCGCCACCAGUGAAAAAUGGGCACCCUGUACCAAUGGACGUGGACAGGAUGUCGGAACCAGCGGGGCGAGUGUCUCGAGGGGAAUCUGACAUCAAGGUGAAUCCCGCCAGGCUGCCCUUAGUGGAGGAACGUCGUGGCAGAGCGGCGUCCGAUGCCUCCCGAAGUAACCGUGCACCUCUGGAUGUGGACUCUCACGCACGGCUUUCUGUGGAGGUAGACAAACGAUUCCGACUGCCGUCAGAUGUUGAUAAGAGAGGAGGGUCGCUACCCCGAGGACCUCCACAAGAUGAUAAAUACCGCAGAGAAGAGAGGAGAGAUGGAAAAGAUGACAGGGAGGACAGGGGGAGGAAGAACAGAGAAGACAUGGAAAGAAGGGACGGGCGAGAGGAAAAGGAAAGGGAUGGGGGAGUCGACCGGAGAGAAAGGCGAGAAUGGAGAGAUGACAGAGAGAAGAGAGAUGAAAGAACAGAUAGAGACAAUAGGGAAAGGAAAGAUCAUGAGGAGAGGGAAAGGAAGGAUCGGGACGAGAGGGAGCGCAAAGAUCGCGACGAGAAAGAACGGGGAGAUCGUGAUGAGAAAGAGCGCAGAGAUCGUGAUGAGAAAGAGCGCAGAGAUCGUGAUGCGAGAGAGAGCAGAGAGAACAGAGAUCGCGAUGAGAAGGAGCGCAGAGAUCGUGACACGAGAGAGAGCAGAGAUCGCGAUGAGAAAGAGCGCAGAGAUCGCGAUGCGAGAGAGAGCAGAGAUCGCGAUGAGAAGGAGCGCAGAGAUCGCGACGUGAGAGAGAGCAGAGAUCGCGACGAGAGAGAGAGCAGAGAUCGCGAUGCGAGAGAGAGCAGAGAUCGCGACGAGAGAGAGCGCAGAGAUAGGGAUGAGAGGAGAGACAGGGAGGAUAAGGAACGCAGGGAGCGUGAUGAUAGAGAAAGGAGGGACGACAGGGACAAAGACAAGGAUCGGCGGCCGGAGAGGGAAAGGAGAGAUGAAGACAGGGAGAGGAAAGACGUGCGAGGAGAAAGAGAUGACAGAGAUAGGAGAGAUGACCGAGACCGGCGAGAAGACAGAGAUAGGAGGGAGGAUAGGGACAGACGGGAUGACUGGGCCAAGAGGAAUGAAAGAGAGCGACGGGAUGAGAAGGAGAGGAGAGAAAAGCCAGAGCCUGUCAGGCCUGUCUCUGAGAUGGACCUGCGGCCUCCUCUACAGAAAAGCUCCUCAGAGGAAAACAAGAGGUUUCGCCCGGCCUCCGAGGCCGACAAGAGGACCACCCUGCCCAGAUAUAGCCCGGCUCCAGAGUUCAGAGAACGCUCAGAGUCCGCUGCUGUCCGCUUCGCCCCUGACCCUCGUCCAGCACAAGACUCUCAGCAGGAACCUCCCCCACCCAGACAAGCUCUGCUUCCCCCUAAAUUUCUCACUGAGUCCGGCAGGAGUCCAACCCCCUCCUCUUCUUCAUCCUCAUCCUCCUCCUCCUCUUCCUCCUCAUCCUCUCCUGCUGUAUCUGUUGCCAAGCCCCCAAGGACAGUCUCCCUAAUAGUUGAGGACCUACCUCGAUCCCCGCUCCUCCCUUCCUCAGCUGACUCUGACAUGCCGCCCCCUGUCCCUCCCCACGCCAAGCAGCCUCCCGUCCCUCCACCCAAACCCACCAACCGCAUCAGCAACCCUGCAAUACUUGCUUCCUCAUUGAACAGGGGCUCUAAGGUCAGGCAGCCCUGUUACUGGACCAGCUGGAGACGCCAGAGCGAGCUCGGCCUCUACCUCUCUCUACCUGUGUACCUGCGGCACAGAGCUGUCCAGACCUGCUCAGCUGAGCUCUCACAGCCUGGCAGUGGUGUCAUCAUAGUGCCAGCACCCGCUAGACGCUCGCCACCGACGCCACCAAAGAGGAUGACCCCGGUCACAAAGCGCCAUUCCGUGGACCCUUCCAGUCAGGACCCAGAGUCUCCCACCGCUGACCCAGCUUCCGCCCCUGUACCGACGCCCCCUGCUGUCCUUAAAUUAGAUAGCAAUGAGGACAAGACAAAUGCAGCAGCUCCUCAGAUCUCCAUUGAGUCUCUGCCUUCGCCGCCGUCCCACAUACCUCCAUCUCCUCCCAGGGUUCAGUCACUCCUGCCACCCAGCACCACCUCCUCCUCCUCCUCAUCCUCCUCUUCCGGUCCCGUGCCCACUGUGCAAACCGAUCCCCCCAGCCCGACCACCGAGCCUCCCAGCCAGCCUCCGGCCAUCCCCCUACACAUCCUCAUCCAGAGAGCUCUGGCCAGCCCAAGUCCAGCUCAGGCCAAGCCAGACGGCUCCCAGAGGGCCCACUCACUACUGUUUGAGUCUCCCCCAGAUUUCCUCACUGAGGCUGGGGGUAACUCGCGUAACUCUUGCCCCAUCACCAUCGAACCUCUCAGGCUGCCAGAAGACGAUGACUUUGACAUGGAGGAGGAGAUGCGGAAGCUUCAUCCUCCGAGGCCUCCUCGCCAGCCGGAGCUGGAGCCGCGCAGCAGAAGGGUUUUGGUUGGAGACCUCAGAGUGAGUGUUAUCCCCGAGGACGGAGGCCCCGGGGACAGUGAGGAGGAAUCUGACUCUGACGGCCCCAUCCUGUACAGAGACGACGACGAUGACGACGACGACGAGGAAGGCCCACCAAGUGGGCUGGCGAGUCGUGUGAGGAGGAAGGACACGUUGGCGCUGAAGCUGGAGAGAGAAAGGGAGAGAGAGGAAAGGGACGAUCAGGAGAACCACGACAUGAGUUGGCAGAACAGGGAGCAGUGGAUGGCAGUGAGGAACAAGAUCAGCUCGGCACUGACACGGCGGCUGAGUCAGAGACCAUCAGCAGAUGAGCUGGAGCAGAGGAACAUCCUUCAAGCCAAGAAUGAAGAUGAUCGACGAUUAGAGAGAUCUGAGAUCAAACGGAGGCUCACGAGAAAGCUGUCCCAGAGACCCACGGUGGCUGAACUCCAGGAGAGGAAGAUCCUGCGUUUCCAAGAGUACGUCGAGAGCACGCACUCCCACGAUUAUGACCGGCGAGCAGAUAAACCAUGGACCAAGCUCACUCCUGCUGACAAGGCCGCCAUCCGCAAGGAGCUCAAUGAAUUCAAGAGCUCAGAGAUGGAAGUUCACGAAGAAAGCAGGAUCUAUACCAGGUUCCAUCGUCCUUAGCUGUCCAUGCUGACCAGUAAAGCACUUCUUAGACUGGGAGUAGUGAGGAGUUAACCCUCUCCUCACUUUGAACAGAACAUGUGGCCCUUUUUGGUCCGUUUUUUUACUGACUGCCUGCUUAACCUGCUUCAGCUGGAGACACUACUGUCGCUGAUAACUGGAACCAAAGCGAAAGAAGCCACAAAUCGACCCCACGGGGGUGAUUCUCAGACGUACUCCAGGUCUUAGACUGUGGGAUCGAGGACAGGAGGAGUUUGUCGGUGCGUCCGUGACGGAGGUGCCGCGUGCCAACACUGAAAGAGUCUGCUGGGGGCUCAGAAAGAGUUAGAUUGAACUGAAAGGAUAACUGUCGGAGGGUUAUCACACUCUCCCCAUGCCUUUACCUGCCUUCAUGUUCCAUUUCCUCCAUUCCUUCCAGACUAUGCACAUAAAGAGAUCACUAUUAACACUGUUGACGGUACCGACAAACCGAUCUGAACUUUAUAUAUAUAGGUACUACAAACGUCUACCCAGAGGUGCCACACAGCACCAGCCUUACUCCUUCACAUGUAAUUUAAAGGUUCAGAUGAAAUGUGAAAGACUUCCCGUACAGCCGCGUGCUUCUUAUUUAAAACUCAGUCGUAGCUCUAUUUGAAUCAAAAAGUUUGAGCUCUGUGUGUGUAGACCCUCAGAGUGCCGAUUCCCACCUAAUAUCUGAAUUUAAAAAGUGUGCAUUUUACUGUAUUUUGUUGAUCACAUAAAUGAUUCUCAUGGAGCACGUUAUCACUAGAUUAUUUUCUAAUAAGGCACUUUAUGUUCCUUAAUUGGGUGUGUAGAAAAUUCAAAUGUUUCUGUUUAUAAUUGAAUUAUUAAAGCAGGAAAAUGUACAUAUUUUUAUUUUCCUGGCUGUUUUAUGGUACUUUAUAUAUGCGAGUCCAUAGUUGGCUGCAAUUGUAUAGAUCAAUUAUGUAGAUGCGAUUGACUUUAUAUUGUACAUCCACAGUAAUGCUUUUAAUUGUAAAGUAUUUCUCAAACGUUAUUUCCAAGUAGUAAUAGUACAAAAAUGUUUCUUUUUUUUUUGAUACAGAGAAAUUUAAAACGUUUUUGCAAAGCACACUAUAAAUCCACUCAGAAAUUAAAACAACCUGUGAUUUUCAUUUCAA